GCAAAGAGAAGCCCGAGCCGGUGUGCCACCAUCUUACUAAAGGAGUGCACGCCCCGCGGUUCGUUCUUUCCACGCCGGCCUGGCCGCUGGCUGGGCGGGGCGGGCCAUGGCGGCCUCAGAGCCCCAGGGGCACGCGGUGCGGAUGUCCACCCAGGGACCCAGGCCUGGCGCGGCCCCAGACGGCGCGGCAAGAGCUGCAGGACUGCCCUCCGGACGGAGCGGCGGCGCGGCCCUCCGGCUCGGGGAACGCCCGCCGGCCGCUAUGGAGAAACGGGGACCAUACAUGGUGACGCGCGCACCUUCCAUUCAGGCUAAGCUUCAGAAGCACCGGGACCUGGCCAAGGCCGUUCUACGGAGAAAGGGCAUGCUGGGGGCCUUACCGAACCGCCCCGAUUCUUCAGGAAAAAGGUCAGUGAAGUUUAACAAGGGCUAUACUGCUCUUAGCCAGAGUCCAGAUGAAAACCUGGUGUCCCUUGACUCUGACAGUGAUGGGGAGCUGGAAUCCAGAUACUCCUCCGGGUAUUCCUCUGCAGAGGUGAACCAGGAUGUGAGCCGGCAGCUGCUGCAGGAUGGAUAUCACCUGGAUGAGAUUCCAGAUGACGAGGACCUGGACCUCAUUCCCCCUAAGCCUAUUGCCUCUUCCUCAUGUUCUUGCUGCUGGUGCUGCCUUGGGGAUUCUUCCUGUACCCUCCAGUAGCCAUAACCCUCCAGGACGGGCCCUGCUUAUCAUGAGGCCUACAGAGCCCUAAUGGCCUCUCACAGCUCGGUGCACUGGGCACUGCUGCCAGCCUAGAAUCACUGGACUCACCGACCUUCUGGGCUGGCCGCUGACCUACAGGCAAGCCCUCGCCUAGUGCUUCUCCUGUCAGAAGCCCCCGCCUGGGUCAUAGGCAACAGGUGAAAGUCUGCAGUUCUCUGUUGGGCAGUUUCAGGAAGCCAUGUCAGUAAGGGCAGGAGUAGAGACUUUCUGUGGUUCUUAUGCUACUGACAAGGAUUGCUGAGAACCCAUUUGCAGACGUUCUGACUGGUGUUUGUCGGGGUGUUCUGAGAAGGGAAAGAAAGAGCUCCCCUGCCCAGGCUCUGGUGGGUGGUAUGGUAGGAGGCAGAAAACAGCACUUUAUGGCCUGCAAUAGGUAUCUGAAAGAAUAUAACUGAGACCAAGUCAUGAAAUUCUGUUUUUCUUGUUCCAGCUCUAAGGUCAGUUAACAGGUUUGACCUUGAAGAAAGCACUAAGUGGGUUGUUACUUCAGGUUACAUCUGUCUAGUUACAGCAAGGAAUAUAGCUUAAUGAUGAUGCAGGAUUGUGGCUUUCUGAACUUGAAACAUCCUACUGGUCCUGCUGCCUGGAUGUGUUUAGUAACUGAUCAGCCCUUCCCUGGUUAAAAGGAAACUGCUUUGUGUAUGUUCAUUUAUCUGUAGUUCCUUGAUUAGUUUUUCUACCUGUUUUAUUUUUGUUUGUUUGUUUUUGAAUUAUUAGUUGGACUGGCUCCUGUGGCUGGCACCAGAAACCUGCAGUUUUGUGAUUACCGGCAGAGGGAGCUGCUGGGCAGUAAGUGCCUUUCUGGGUUUAACUUUUUAAGCUUUUGAGUGAGAAUAAUGUCCUGGUGUAGCUAUGUGGCUUUGGCCUACAUGGAAAUGUUCAGACAGGUUGGGGAGGAGACCUAAGUCUCCUGGACCUCACUUGAGAUAGAUCAAUUUGCAGUGCAAGGGGGACUUCCCUCUUCUAACAAGGUUUAUUCCUACGGCACAUUCCUCUGCCCCAGCACAGGCUCGCAGGCUGGAGCAACAGCUCAAGCAGAUUGCCUAGCAUGUGCAAUGUCUGGGUUCAAGUCCCACACUGAGGGGGUGAGGGCAUGGAGCACAGCUAACCUGGGGGUGAGCAUAGCCAACACAGGGAUAAUUUCUCUUGUGAUACCAAGCCUUUCUGGAACUCAGUUUUCCAGGACCCUCUUCCCUACCUUUUACCUUAACCCAGGUGUAUGGUGAGACUUGGAGUGGACAGGGUUCCCAGUACAAAGGGCACAACAGUCAGAAUUAGGGGUUGGGCACACAUGUGACUGUCAUGUCCAGUGGCUACUAGAGGUUUAUAAGGAAUGAUGGGCCCUUGUGGCCAUUCUACAAGUGGUAGCAGAAAGGAUAAGAUCAAAAGAAAAGGCCUUCCCUGUUACUUGGCCACAAGCCUGCUAGUACCUGACAGGCUUUUCUUCUCAGGCCACUGAAGACUGAAGCUUGGGUGCUUUUUACUCAGUUGUCUAGCAGCAUCCCAGGAGGGAAGAUGGGGGCGAAACUAGAGGCCAUCUGCUUGGCUUUUGGGACUGGGUUAUAGUGGCUGCUUGUGUGCUGCGGUGGGACUCUGCAACCCAACGCAGGCAUCUCACAUUCUGAGCACCUUAUGUAAAGCCUGCAGGGAGGGAGCAGACCGUAUCGAGACCUUCUGUAACUGCAGAAAUGAAGCACUUGUGGGAAGGGAAUAGAUGUAGUGCAGUGGAGACAAAGACUUGAUGGGAUGGCUGUGAGGGCUACAAAUGGUUGUGGAACUUAGAUGUGGAGCCCUAUUUCUGUUGGGAUUUGGUUAAGACGGAGUAGUUUGGACAUUCGGCAACCCCCAAACCACACCCUCUGGGGUAGUUCUUCCUGUGAUCAACAUUGAUACUUGGCUGGACCAGCUCCUGGAAGGGAAGUGUAGAGCUGGGUGGUCUUACAUGAGAAAGCAUUACUUUGUGGCAGAAGCUCAGGGAUGUGUUGCAGGCGAUAAUGUUCAGUUGGGAAGGGUAGAAAUGGUCCAUUGUUAGGGGCUAGAUGAAAGUAAUAUCAAUAAAGGCACACUGGUGCCCAGAUUCAGAGUGCUGGGUGUCCUGCAGGUGGCAGUCCUGGGAAGGAGUGCAUCCAUCUGAUGUUUACAGACCUCUGCUCUACAGACCUCUUGGCUUAUACUUCUACAGCCUGUUAUAAUAAAUGCAAUCAUGGCA